UCUUCCCUCACCAAAAAACCCAAUUUCAAUUUUCGCGAACCCAAAUUCAAUCCGAUUUCCCCAAACACAGAUUGGAUUUCUCCUUCUAUACUCUACACGCUACUCACACCUGCUUACCUUUGCUUGAUUCAUUAUUUUGAUUCCGCGUCUCUGAAUUGGAGGAGCUGAAUUUGAAGUGUUUGAUCAUACAUGGUGUCGGUGUACCGGAGUCCACCGCCGGAUCAGGAUUUUUCGCAUUUUCGCGGUUUUUACAUGAGCGGCGAUCCCUCGAAAAUGCCGGCGGCGGAUGGAGGUAAAGGUAUUCUGCUUCCGAUGGCACCGGAAGCGAAUGCGGCCGAUGAUGCGAAUAAGAAGAUCCGGAAGCCUUACACGAUCACGAAAUCUAGAGAGAGCUGGAGUGAGCAGGAGCAUGAUAAAUUUCUCGAAGCGCUUCAGCUAUUUGAUCGUGACUGGAAAAAGAUUGAAGCAUUUAUUGGGUCAAAGACAGUUAUCCAGAUACGCAGCCAUGCUCAGAAGUAUUUUCUAAAAGUCCAGAAGAAUGGUACAAGCGAGCAUGUACCUCCUCCACGUCCAAAGAGAAAAGCUGCCCAUCCUUAUCCACAGAAGGCAACGAAAAAUGUUGUACCUCGAACUGCAGGUCCUGGGCAAUCUUCAGUUGCUCAAGUGGAGACCGGGUAUGCUGUAAGACGCGAUCCGUUUUCAGUUCCCAGUAAUCCUAUCAGCAGUUCACCAUUGUCUUCUUGGAGUUACAAUGUUGUACCGGCAGGAUGUCUGCCAAAUGUUGCAAAAGACAAUGUUGGAUUAGCUAGUGUUGCCAAUAAUUAUAGCAGUAGCAGCAAUGAUAGCACUCCACGUGUAUGGAAAUCUAAUGAGAUGGAUCAUGAAGUAAAAGUGAAGCAAUGCAACACAACAAAAGAUAUGCCAGAUUUUGCUCAAGUCUAUGGUUUCAUUGGUAGUGUCUUUGAUCCAACUGCAACUGAUCACUUGCGAAGACUAAGGAAAAUGGAGCCUAUAAAUGUUGAGACGUCUUGCAGGUGCUCAUGUUGAUGAAGAACCUGUGUGUCAAUUUGGCUACCCCUGAAUUUGAGGAUCAUAGAAAGUUGCUCUCUUCAUAUAAAGUGGCAACCGAAAAUGUCAGUGCUGGGAGUGAAAUCCAGUCUGCAUAGAGUCCUUGAAAGCAUUAUCUGAAUCUGAACCUCAAGAGCUCGCUAUCAUCCAAAAUUGAUGGAGAUGUUUCUACUUGUUGCUUUAUGGUGGUGGCGAUAGUUGCAGCCAUGGAUGAUGGUGUUGUUGAAGCACUUCCUUGUACCGUCUCGAUAGCCAUGGUAUUAUCCCAGAAGUUUGUUAGCUUGAGAGAGAGUGAUGAUUUGAGUGGUGUGUGUGAUCAAGUGUUGGGAGUAGGUUUAUCUGUUCAUGUACAGUCUUGGCUUUUUCUCAUGAUUUCUUCAUGAGUUCAUGCAA